AGCGGCCCGUUUGCUGCAGUGCAAUCGCACACACAAACACACACACACACACGCACACACUCACUCCCCUGUUCUAGCAGCCUGCCUGCGCAGUGACAACAUCGGGACCGAGAGGAGGUUCCUCAGUGACUCAGCACAGUCAAAGGUAGCGAGAUGGCGCAGACCGACCCAAAAGACCCGACGCCCCCGCCGGGGUCGCUGAGUCCGGGCCAGCUGCAGUCCCACUUCAAGAUGGAGCCAAAGACUUUGGGGACCAUCCAGCUGGUCAUCGCGCUGCUGGUCCUGUGCCUGAGCGCGUCCGUCCUCCAGGUCCACGAGAUCCAUUUCACGGCCGACGUGGCGCUCUUCCUCGUCGUGGUCAUUCAGGUCACCUUAUCCGGAUCUGUGUUGAUACACAGUGGGAGGAGGCCCACUCUGUUUUGGGUGAAAUGCGCCCUGGUUCUUCAUCUGAUCAGCGCCGCGUUCGCCACCGCCGCCCUGGGCCUGAUGUCCAAGCACCUCCCGUACAGGCAGGACUCAUACCACUGCGAGCACUGCCGCCGCCUGGAGCUCCACGCCGUGCUACAUUGUUUCAGGAAAUGCACCGAGCUGAUCGAGCAAAAGUGCAAACUGUUGAUUGACGGCAUCCUGGGAACGCUGGUGGUCUUCCUGGUCCUGGAGCUGCUGAUCUGCAUCACCGCCAUGCUCUUCGGACUCACCGUGCUCGCGGCGCGCAGAACCCAGCCUCCAAGUGAGCGACCUCGCUAUCCACAGACUCGCCCGCCGCCGUCUCCGGCUCUUCAGGCUAUCCGGGCAACUGCCCCGGCUGCGGCCGAGCCCAGUGCAUCCCAGCAGGUGGCCGUUGUUGUGACCGAGCCCGACUCGGAUCUGGUGGCAGACCUCGCCACGCCGCCCACUGAACCUCAAGUGGAGCCCAUUUAAACGUUCAUCACACACACAGACACACACUCACUCUCACACUCACACCAUUGUGUAAAUAAAUCCGGAUGCCGCACCUGGUGCUUUUGAACAAUGUGACACCGUUCUUCCCCUGCGAGUCGAGUCAGAUGACAAACGUGAUCGGAAUGUGAGCGAAAACUGCUCACCACGACAUAUAAACUAAAACAUCGAGUCACUAUAUUAGUGUGUUGACGGAAAUAGUGUAUGAUAUGUUAAGCGGUAGGGAAAAUAGCUGGAUGAUGUACAGUGUGUAUGACAUAAUGUAGGCACAUCAGCACUUACAGAUGCACAUAAUACCGUAUUUCUGCAAAUAGUGGCCAGGUGGUGUUUAUUUACUCAUCUGCUGAUUCCAUUAUCUAGCACAUGUGGCAUGUUCAUCUUGGCUUACAAGCAUCACAUAAAAAAAUAGAUCAUUUAUCACGGUUGUGCUGAAUUGUUGUAUACUGUAUCUAUAUACUGUAUAUAUAUUUACUGUAUCUUUUAUCACUAGUCAAUCUGCAUUCCAGGACACACUGUAUAUUGUGUAAAGUGUCAAAUAAAACUUUUCAACCAUAA